AUGAAAUACAUAAUUGAGCAUAUGGAGGAGGGUUUUUCUGAAUGGGUCAUACUCGAGUACUCUCAGAUCCUUCGUGAAGUUGGUCCCGAUAAUCUUAUUUUGACCUCCUUACCAGAUGGAACGACGGAAAAGGACAUACCGCAAAGACUUCUUGACAUAGGCUUGCGGUGGACCACAAAGGAAUGUGUAACAAUCGACGGCGGAAUAGAUUGCUCUAAAGUGUGUCUUCUAGACCCCGCUGCUACAACAGACUUAGUGCCUGAGGAUCGAUCGAAAUUUGAAUACUUUGUUUUCGGGGGAAUCUUGGGUUCUCACCCAAGAAUUGACAGAACUGGAAUACUAAGAGAAAAGUAUGGCUUUGCUGGUCGCCGUUUAGGUGAGUUGCAAAUGACAACUGAUACAGCCAUCAGAGUGACUCAGCUGAUCAUUGAGGAGCAAAAGCAGUUUGAGAAUAUCAAGUUUAUCGAUUAUCCAGAGAUCAAAUUCAGCAAGCACGAGUCGACAGAGAUGCCCUUUAGGUACGUCAUGGACUCCAAAGACGAGCCAAUUUUGCCUUCGGGUAUGCUUGAGUUGAUAAAGCACGAUGCUGAACAAAGCAUUGAUGAUCUUCUAGUCGAAUGA